CGACUGACCCUUCUCUCCAUCCGAUUUCCUCACGGUGAGAACGUUGGGAAGUAUCGCGAGACAACGCGUCCUGGCAUGGAAAGAAGGAUAUCAACACAAACACAGGAACAAAUCGGCGAGGCAUAAGGUUCACCAAACAGCCAAUCACAAGACGACAUUUGGAUAUAACGCCGCAGAGUUGCUGCUGAAUAUUAGUGGCCCCGAGCUAUAGAAAGUUCUUGAAAAGACGAAAGUUUGCCACGUCUGAUGCAUUCCACAGGGCAGGAAGUGAGGGUAGGGCGGACAUUUCAAAAUCCUCAUUUCACCUCUUGAUGUAUUGGCGAAGCCACACUCCUGCAGCCAAUGUCUCGGCUUAUUAGUUCAUGGAAAUGUUAAUGGGAUAUUUUCUUGUUUUCAUUCCCGACCGUCUGUUAUCAAACAUCUCAAUUCAAUUCAAGAAUGGAUGCGUUCUGUUGUGUUUUGCGAUGCCAUGACAACCAGCCGCCAUCCAAUUAAACAGGGAAUUUGAAGCUGGUAAUAAAAGUCCGAGAUCACACGACGUCUCCCAACUGAGAUCAAUGGUCAUUUCAUGUUACUAGGUGUCCGCAGGCAUUUAAGGUUCUGGUGGGUUUAUAAGUCUUCGUCGGUAAUUUUUUCUCUUCAAAGAGUGACAACAUCUAAAGACUAAAGGCAACCGCCAAGAAUAAAGUUUGAAACCAAUAAAUGAUAGUUACACGAAUCAGUGCGCCGUCUAAUACGUGAACUAUAUUCGCAUGUGUCGCGACUGACUCUUCCAUUUUAGCACCACUGGGGGAGGAUAACGGCUUAAUGAAAUGGGUGCUGUCAAGGAUGGUGAGAAAGAGAAGAGGCCAAACUUCUUCACGCCCACUCAGGUAGCGGCUCAUAACACCACAACUGACCUGUGGGUGUCCUACCUGGGCAAAGUGUGCGAUCUCACGCCUUUGGCAAUGCAACAUGAAGAUGACCCAUUGUUGGUGCCCAUUUUGGAGUUUGCAGGCAAAGAUAUCAGCAGCUGGUUUGAUGUGGAGACCAAAGAUUUGCAGACUUAUAUUCACCCUCUGACAAAUUGUGUGAGUUACUACACACCCAGAGGGCGCUUUCUGCACGUCCCUCCAGCUGGCCCUCGCUCUGACUGGGCCACGGAUGUCAGCCCGCCGUGGUGGAAAGAUGAGCGAUAUGUGGUCGGGCGGCUGACGGUGAAGACGAGGUGGAUCCGGGUCAUAAACACCCUGACAUCCCAGGAACAGCGGCUUGAGGUGUGCACUGAGGAAACAAUGGAGGAGAUUUUGAAGCGUUACCUACUCUACAACUCACAUGCCAGCAGCUACACAUGGAAGUUUGAGGGCACGUGUCUGGACAUGAGCAGGACGCUCUGUGAAAACAAUAUCCCAGACCAAGACAUGGAGCUGGAGCAGCUGCGCUUGGACCGGGACCUCUUCACCCCUGCCAUUCUGCUGUACUUCAAUGACGAUCUGACGGAGGGAUGAACUAUGACCUGCUGUUGAAAAUUCAGUGGAAGCACACGUUAACCCUACUGCUAAACAGUUUCUUUGAUGAGAAAUAGUUGCUGCACAGGACCUCAUGACUCAUUUUUUUUGUUGUAGUUCCUGUUGAUGUUUUUAUGAACUGUUUACACCUAUUCACUUUUUUAUUCAUCUAUUGUAGACAUAGCUGCUAAUAUGAAUUCACAUGCUCAAAUUCAAUGCACAGCCUUGCAGAGGUUACAUAAUUGUAAGCCUCUAUACCCACUGUAACUCCUGUAGUUAAUAUGGCAUCACACAUCACAGAUCAUAAAACCAACAGCCCACCUGUCUGACCAAUGCUACCAUGUUCUUAGUUACGAUGCAGCUCCAGCCAAUGAAUGGAUUCACAUGUUUUCGCUGGGUGCACAACCAAAAUUAAUGAGAUAAUAAAUAUUAAAUGAACUCUUCAUCACAGCAUCCGUUAGAAACACAUUGAAAUUUGCUGAUGUUAAGGCACAGAAAUAAAAGCAUCCUGAGAAACCAGCAUGUCACAAGGAGAGAAACUCGAGUCAGGACUACAGUUUUAGUUGAAAUGACAGGAGGAAAAAAACAGCAAAGACAAAGUUGUAAUGCACAAUAAUGGAGAUAAUAUCCCAUGAUGAAUGCUUGAGCAAGCAAAGCGCGAAAAACAGUGAAGAGCUUAACUUGUGCAACUGUCAGUGAAUCUACUACAGAGGACUGGCGAGGAUGUCGUGGGUCAUAUUUUGUUCUUUGAUCUAAGAUAUUGCCAGGAGGUGCAUCUUGUAAUGGAAUGCAUUUUUGGGUAUAAUAUUGCAAUACAAUAUAUGAAAUAUUUGUUGUGCGUGCAAAAAAUAUUGUUAUUGUAAAGUCUUAUGAAAAGAAAAUCAAUUGUACUAUUUAAUGUAUUGUGUGAAAAUACAUUGUAAAAUAUUAUCUGAAAAGAAAUGAUGAGAUGAAAAUUAUAAAUUAUUAGAAAUAUUGCAGGCUACUUAAAGCCUGGGUUUGGUGAAACAUGUAUGUUAUUUUAUUUAAAGACAGGACAUCUAGUCAGGUAGAAAUGUUACAAAGGAUAUUGUCUGCUAAAAAGAAUACAUCCACAUCAGUGCCUUUAUACCAUUAAAUGCCUUCUGGGGUCGCAUUAUCGGCUUCCAUAUUGAGCGUGGUAUGCUGUAAGCAAAAAUGACAUUUUAUAAACCCGAUUUAAGAGAAGAAAGUUGGAGAGCAGACUUUCAAUUCUUUUUUUCCACCUUCACUUUUAAUAUCAGCAAUCAUAAUAAGUUCCUUCUCUGGAUGAUUUUGUGUGGAGUCGGCAUGUUCCUCGGAUGACUCUUUCUUCCUCUUAUAGUGGGGAAACCCCAAUAAACGAUAAACAGAUUUAAACACAAAUAACCCCAAAACAGUUGCACAAACUGAACUCUGGGCCUCAGAGAAAACUGCUUGCCAAAAUGUUUUUUAAUGUCCCCAGCGCAUUCAUUAAACUAAAGUUAACGCUGAGGUUGUUUUCCAACGCCCAUAAUUUUGUGGUGACUAAGCAUCAGUUUCACUGCCUUUCCCUAAAUUAAAGGGAAGUUGUCAGGGUCAUUUAAGGCUGGUGCCAUCCUAUGAAAGAUUUAAUCCGGUCCAGAAUUUGGUACGUCCCGCUGGACAGACAUCAACCGAGUCUAUCUCCUUGUGGCUGGAAGAUCUCCCUCUUGAAUGACCGCCAUGACAGGGGAUUUUAUUGAGGACAAAGAAACAGAUGUCAACAGGCUCUGGAUUCCAGAUCGUCAUCCAGCGUCAUCAUCAUUUCGCUCCCGGAUCAGACACUGGUGGUUUCCUCUUCUCAUAGCUUUGGUCCUUCUGCUUCUCAUCGUUUCACUGGGAGUCAUCA